AUGUCUCAAGCACCGACAAGAGAAAAGUGCAAUGACGGAAGCUGGGAUUUUGGUGACAAUCCGGGAGAUUUCCCACUGUGGUUCGGCAAGCACAAAGGUCAAGCUUUCAGUGAACUAGACUUGGGAUAUCGCUAUUAUAUGUUGUCCCAAUUUACCGAAUCUGAUUCAGCAAAUGGUGAAAAGUUCAAGGCUCUGCACCACGUAUACAACGAGUGGUAUGAUGAGAGAAAGAGUCCAUUUUCUCAGAUAGUCUGGUUCGGAGAGGAUAAGGGACAUGAAAUCCGUGUACUUUACGGCCAGCCUAAAAAGUGGAGAUUUCUCAUCACAGGUGGAUGUAAACCCGAGAACAAGAAUGCACUCCUGGAGCUUUUUGCAAGACAAGAAGCGUGGCUUGAGAAACAUCCGCGUGCUCUAAGGGAAAAACGGUAUCCGGUGAUGAUCUGUAAUUCUGUUGGAGAGAAGCUUGGACCUAGAGAUGGGACUCUUUCACCGGACCCGGAUGAUAAGUAUCAGUCUGAUGACGGUUUCAUCGUCGAUGAUGACUUUGAUGACGAGGAGAGCGAAGAUGAAGAGGAGGAUAUGAAGGAAGAAGACCACGAAGAUGAGACAGACGAUGAGCCUAUUAACAAGAAAAGCAAAAGAACCUCUGCCUCGUUCAGAACGGUGAACCCACAGCUACAAGAGUCUCCCUCAAGAACGAGGAAGCGAGCAUCUGAGUUUAUAGCUUCAUCUGAGAGCGAUACCGCAACCGAAACCGAAGAAAACAGCGACAUGAGUAGAGAUGAAAAGGCUUCGAUGUCGUUCUCCCGGAAGCCCGCCAGCCCUCGGCCUAGGAAAUCUCGUACAAAAAAGCAUAAGGUCUUACGAACGCCGCCACCAAUCUUUGACAGUGAUGACGAAGAUGACAAUCUCCCACCGAUCUCCAAAGUACUGCAGAAUUCUCAUACCAAAGAGCCUGCAUAUGAGAUGAAAGGUCGUAGCGAUGUGACGGCUAUGGUCUCCAUAAUUGCAAGCGACGACGAGGGCUCAGAUGAAGAGGACAUCGUAGCUCCGGGGAGCUCUAGAAGGAAAACUCGAAUUGGCCAGACUCCGAGACGAUUGGUCAAGCGAGAAGAGUAUAAGAAAGUAACAAAACUCUCGUUUGAAGAUUGA